AUGUCGAACACAAAACUGUGCAGAAUUCUCGCAGAAUUUCUUGCCUCCAGCAAACGCAGUUACCUCUCUGCGAUACGUUCGGCUUCUGAGGCUUCGAAAAAUAAGUGGACAGUUGUUAUGGGCAAUGAGUCUGGUGAUCUUGACACCAUCGCAUGCGCUAUUGCCUACGCAUACCACCAAACUCAUCAUCUUCGCAAACCCACUAUACCUCUCAUUAGAACGCAUCCGAGCGACCUCAAAUUACGUGCAGAAAAUAUCUAUGCUCUAGCCUUGGCUGGUGUCGAUGAUCCGGAGACCCAGCUGCUAUUACUCUCCGAUAUUCCCAAAGACAAAUGGUCCCAACGCGAGUUUUCCUUAGUAGAUCAUAACAAACUGGGAUCCGAAUUCAACUCCAGUGGUACAGAUGGGAAGGAAAGUCGAGUUGUAGCCGUCAUCGAUCAUCACGAAGACGAGGGUCUUUAUACAGACACCGCCGAACCACGGCUAGUUUCGCCGACGGGCAGUUGUGCAUCUCACGUCGUGGCGUACAUUCUCCAUAAUUCACCUCCUGACUGUGACAUCUCUACUUCAAUACCGCCUGAAAUAUCCACACUUCUCCUCAGUGCCAUUCUCAUCGACACCAGCAUGAAACCUGUAUAUGGCGGCGGUAAAGCUACAGAACUGGACCUCCAUGUAGCAGCUUUAUUGGCCCCUCAUGCAAUAUUUCCCGAUGAGAUAUCCGACAGUGACAUUGCGUUAAUGACCACUGCCUUAUCGGAGGUCAAGCAAGUGACAUCUGCACUGCUUCCACUAUCAACCUCCCAAUCGCCAUCACCUUCCCCGACCUCGGAAAUUAUACUUCAAUCUUUGCGCGCGUCGUCUCCCAUUCGAGCCUUAUUAGACAAUCUCGUUUCCAAAAAGUUGGACGUAUCUCACCUGAACGUUCCCGAACUAUUGAGGCGGGACUAUAAAGAAUACGAUCACACCGUCGCAAUCUCCAGUGAUGAUAAAGGGGAGAAAGUCCAAAUCAAAGUAGGGUUAUCCACCGUCCCAGUUCGGUUAGCGAAAUGGGCUGGAACUAGUGCGAGCGAAGAGGGCAAUAUCGAUCUCCUCUUACAGGAUGGCGCUACUUACAUGAAGGAGCGUGGGCUUUCCGUCUUGGGAGUUCUCACUACUUUUCGGAAAGAGAAACGAAAGAAUGGUGCCAAGGGAAAGAAAGCGAGGGAGAUGGCUUGGCUUAUUCGAACUGAUCUUCCCUCUUCUUCAGCUGUGAACGUUUUGGCUCAACGUAUCUUUACGGGCCUGGAAGCAAACGACGAGUUAUCGGUUAAACCGCACAAGCAGUUCAAACAGUUCACGAAACCAUCCUCCAAAUCUCAUUCCGAUGAUACAAGCCUUCACGCACGGCACAAUGGCCUUAUUGUGAGAGUGUACAAACAAAGGAAUGCCAAUGCGACACGGAAGGCGACUGCACCUAUCCUGCGACAAAUUUUAGAGGAUGCCUGA